ACUUCUUCAAGUGAAUUUCCUUAUCAUAGUUCGAAUCACCAAGAUAUUGAUUACAUUAAGGAAUUUAUGAAGAAAGUUUACAUUUAUAAUAAUACUUCAAUUGUACAAGAUGAAGUGCUUGCACAUCGAUUAGGUUUAAUACCUAUAAAAGCUGAUCCUGAUAAGUUCUAUUUCAAACACGUUUUAUCUGAAUCUUUGAUUUGGGUUCCAAAAGGGGACCAAGAAGAAAAGUAUGCAAGUUGUCCCCUCAGACCGGUCCACAAUGAUAUUUUAAUUGCGCAAAUGAGACCAGGCCAG